AUGGUGAAAAAGGCGUGGAAAUUUAAGUCUAUGGACGAGUUAAACACAGCGGUAAAUAUGGCGCUCAGGACGACGAUGUUUAACGAGCGAUGUCGACGAUGGGGAAAGGUGAUUGAUGGAUAUCGACAUCUGUUGUGGAUGAUUGACAAAAAACAUUUUCCAGAGGACUAUGAACCCCCAGCCAGCUUCCAAAUGUUUAUGUAUGAGAUAUAUUACCACUUAGCCGUGGCAUAUCAACAUGUAGGCAAACACACACAGGCGAUCAGUGAGCUCACCAACGCCAUAGAUAUAGUCUCGAUACCAAAGAACGGAUGUUUGGCCGGUUGUAUCACAAACUCCUGUCUGAUGACACCGAUUCACGCUCGUCGAGCAUUCGCCCACACAAAGUCAGGUAAUAUGGUUUUGGCUAUGCGGGAUGCCGAGAAGACCGUCGUACUAGACAGUAGAAAUCCCGACGUGUACUGCAUCCGAGCUCUCGUGCACAGCGCCAGAAACAACGAAAAACAAGCGAAAAGAGAUCUGGAGCUCGCCUUACGUUUUAGCCCUACACACAGCUGUACUCUCAUGCUAUUGAAUGCCCUGAAUCAGUCGGAGAUUUCCCCGUUCCAACAUCUCCAGGAGAUACUAAGGCAGGGAGCGGAUCCCAACUCGUAUAUGAACGUAAACAGUUUCAACCAUCCAUGUAUGACUGAAUUCUUCGACAAGAUGUUGUUUGGCCUUAGUGUACCUCACACGAUCACACACGUAGACCUGACACCAGAUAAACCGAGCAAGAAGUCAAUGGAAAACGAGGCUCUGAAUCGUUCCCAGGAUUCUCGCCCUUCCUCCAGUCAUUCCCAUGUUGAACCAUUCCGUUGCGGGACCCCAGUGACGUCAGAACAGAACAUGAGCUCACUCAGACGUCGGAAGGACUAUGGCGCCGCCCUUCAAAAACACCUUUCACGACCUAAAACAUCUGCAGAUUUUUUUGAAAAUUUCAAGAAAGAAAGACGACUUAAAGCUAUUCAAGACGACAAUAAGCGGAGAGCAGCAUCUGCUGAUGCAAUGGCACGUAUGCAGACUCCAACGAAAACCUCACAACCAGCGAGAACGCCGAAAGCAACAAAAACAACGAACUUUGAAGCACAGUUGAAAACAGAAACAAACAAAAAAGCGGAAGAAAAAGUCGAAAGUGACAAGAAAAAGAACGCAUUUAUAAUGAAUAUGCCAACUUCAUAUACGAUACCUGUGUUUCAAGCUACAAAUAUCAACGAAGCUCCUAGAAUGUAUUAUAAACCCUGGAAAGGCGACAAGUUACCUGUAGCUGAGCUGAUCAAAAGGCAGUCAACACCAGUGUUUUACUAA